CUAAUUUUUAUUCACCCAAAUCACUCACUCCACACAACAUAACACAAAAACCACACCCGUAUUACACUUGGACUCUCCCUCUUUUUCUUACCUUGCUCUUUGAACCUCCCUUGAAGAAGGAGAAGAAGAAGAAGAAGAAGAAGAAGAAGAAGAAGAAGAAGAAAACUAAAAGAGGGCUUUCUUUUUUCUGUUUCUUUUGAUUAUUAAAAAUGCAGGAAAGAGUUCUUGAUUACAUUUUGGUACCGGCAGGCCUCCUAGUUAUGGUGGCAUACCACCUUUGGCUUCUCUAUCGAAUUAUAAUGCAACCAAAUAAUACCAUCAUCGGCAUCAAUUCCAUCAACCGCCGCUUCUGGGUCUACGCUAUGAUGGAGGAUGCGCCAAAGAAUGGUGUUCUUGCGGUGCAGACACUGCGAAACAACAUAAUGGCAUCGACCCUUUUGGCCUCGACGGCCAUUAUGCUCAGUUCUCUCAUUGCCGUGUUGAUGACAGGUGGCAGCAAGGAUCGAAAGGCGUUUUUCGUCUUCGGAAACAGAAGCGAGCUCGCGUUUUCCAUCAAGUUCUUUGCCAUAUUGGUCUGUUUCUUGGUGGCUUUCCUGUUCAAUGUGCAGUCCAUAAGAUACUACAGCCACGCGAGCAUUCUCAUCAACGCCCCCUUCAAAAAGAUGUCACCGCAUCACAAGCAUCAUUAUCUCACAGCAGAGUAUGUCGCCAACACUGUCAACAGAGGCAGCUAUUUCUGGUCCUUGGGCCUCCGUGCCUUCUACUUCUCUUUCCCUCUGUUUCUGUGGAUCUUUGGGCCCAUUCCCAUGUUCGUGUCCUGCUUUGUUUUGGUCAUCAUGCUCUAUUUCCUGGAUGUCACCUUUCAGUUUGGAUGGGUUGUUGGGGUUGCCGAUGAGGAGGAGCACAACAGCCUUAACAAGGAUGAGGAACAAGGCAUUUCAUUACCACAUCGUUAGCAUUUUAAUUAGCAUAUUACAACAUCAUUAGCAGAGAAAGGAAUAGUAACAAAACUGCCUACAAGUAUUGAACCAAAGAGCAGUUCAGAUUCAAUACAAGUUGAAUUGAAUUGCCCAAUAAGUUGAUGUAACAACACAGUAAGUUGAAAUAAAAGUACCAUUAGGGAACGCUAUGCUCUGCUGGUCUGCUACUGUUAUAAUAUUUAGAGACAGAGACAGAGGAAUCUGUUGCUGCCUUAUCGUCUUUUAUUCUAGUAAGGAAUCUUGGGCCGAUGCAGUGAGAUCAUUUGGUCUAAAUAAGGCAUUUGUUCGUACA